AGCACAAAAUCAAAGUCCAAAACCCUAGCAGCAGCAAAGCCUCCUCUAAACCCAUCUCUCUUAAGCUUUCCUGCCUCGCCUAAGUAUUGAUCUCUAGACUAGAUAUGGGUAGCGAGAGCAAAACCUCGAGUUUGGAAUCGGACCAGAAGGCUCUUCUUCUCCGUUCGGUUGCUCAGUUCUUGGAGCGAUCUGGGUUUUCCAAAUGCUUCAAGAAAUUGCUCUCCGAAGCUGAAAUCGAGAAGAAGGAGUUGAACUCCACUACUUUACCUGAUCUAGAGGAAAUUUUCAGCGAGUUUUUGAACAAGAAGAAAGAUCAAGAAGCUGCUGUGAAUGGAAUUACCGAGGCGAAUGCAGUUGAAGGUGUAGAGGAUGUAAAGAAGGAGAAAAAGAAGAAGAAGAAGAAGAAGGAAACAAAGGUGGAGGUGGCUGAGGAGGAGAAGGUUAAAGAGACUGUUGCUGAGGUCGAAGAGGGGUUGAAAGAGAAAAAGAAGAAGAAAAAGAAGUCUAAAUCUGUGGAGGCUGAUGAUGAUGAUGAUGAUGAUAAGGAGAAAGUUUCUAAGAAACGGAAAAGAUCAGAGCCUGAGGAGACUAAAGAAGAGACUGAGGAUGAUGAUGAAGAAUCAAAACGUAGGAAAAAGGAAGAGAAAGUAGUGGAAGAGGACAAGGGUGUUCAAGAAACACCUGUUAAGCAGACUGACAUUCAGGAAAACGGGAAUGCUGAGAAAACCGAAGCGAAAUCAACAAAUCAGAAGUCAGGAAAAGGGCUUUCUAACUCAAAAGAGCCGAAGAAACCAUUUCAGAGAGUGAACGCUGACGAAGUUGUGUUCACUGACGAGAGGCUGAAAGACAACUCGUAUUAUGGACUGCCUAAUGCCAAGGAUGGUUAUGGUCUUAAAGCUCAAGAGAUUCUAGGGCAAGUGAGAGGAAGGGAUUUCCGACAUGAGAAGACGAAGAAGAAACGAGGAAGCUACAGAGGAGGACAGAUCGAUCUUCAGUCACAUUCGAUUAAGUUUGAAAACUCAGACGAAGAGAAAGACUGAUUGAUAAGUACACUGCUUGCUUCUCUUUUGAUUUUAUCUUUACCUCUCUUUUUUUUUUUGUCUUUUGCUGUGAUCAUUUCAAUACCCGGAAAAAGGGCUCAAGUUUUGUGUCUCUGUUUAUCCUCGCAUUUGAUACUAGUCAUAACAACAUGAUUCGGUUUCAGUUUCAGUUUCUUUGUUCACUAAAUUAAAUAGGAAGAUUGUUGUCUUAUAAACUCUCGACUGUGUUUUUGCUCAAAAAGAAAAAGGGAUGGAGUCAA